CGUCCUUGGUCCCGCGAGCGAUAUGGCCACUCUGUCUCGAUUCUUGUUGCUGCAAAUCUUUUCUUUUUCGCCCACUUCAGCCGCUGGCUAGAUAAAUCCUGGCUACUAACGGAGCCUGGCUUCUGUAACUUCAUGAUAUUUUUGCGUUGCUGCGUUUUCCAGGUUUGUGACUUAUUCAAGUUCAAGUUGAGCAUGACUCUUCCCGCUCCCACAGGGGCUCCCACUACCAACACUAUUCCUACUACUGCUACUAUCACCACUACUACUAUCCAUCGAUAGAGCGAGCCCGUAACCAUAACGAAUCAAAUCAUAACAUAACAACGUCAUGAAGCUAUUUACAUUCAUAACACUAUUGUUCGCAAGCAUAGCUCUCUCCGCCGGCGCCCGAGUCACGAAUCCCAAACGGGUUCCUCGCGAUGCCGUCCUCCUCUCCAAGGUUUCCGCAAUCACCGUCCGCGCAGGCAAACAGACGAGUUCGAGACGAGUUGCCCCGGUUCCUCAACUGCAGUGCGUGGGCCCAGCGUGGAUAUGCAAGCUCUACUCGGUCGAUACAAUGCGGUGCACGAACGAAGGCGCCGAUUAUGACGAGAACAACAUCCAGUGGAGCUGCAAGGCGUCUCUACCGGAAGAAUUCAAGCUUGGAAGCACAGAAGUCACUUGUGAAGGCUACGAGAGCAGUGAAGAUCCAUAUGUCUUGAAGGGAAGCUGUGGAGUCGAGUACAGGCUGCUCCUGACGGAGAAAGGUGAGGAGAAAUACGGUUCUCAUCGGCCUCAGUUCGACUACUUUGGUGGUGGUGUGAAGAAAAGAACCAGUGAGGAGAUCGCUGGAAUUGUCUUCAUGGCUCUUUUCCUGCUCGUGCUGUUCAUCAUUCUACGCGGCUUAUAUAGGGCGUGGCGGGACGACACUGCGAGAAGACAAGGGCCGCGACCACGAGGCGGCGGCGGAUUUUUUGGUGGUGGUGGUGGUGGUGGCGGCGGCAGCAAUGACGAUGAUGACCCUCCACCUCCCUAUGAUCCUCAUCCUCCGCGGCCGAAAAAGGCAACUUGGGCUUCGAGUUCGAGGCCCGCCGGCAGGACUGCACCGGCUCCCGAACAAGGUUGGCGUCCUGGGUUUUGGACCGGUACCGCUGCUGGAGCUGCUGCCGGAUACUUGGCUGGUAGGCAGGCACAGGCACGAACGGCACCUGCUCCGCCGCCUGCGACUGCGGGAUGGUUUGGCCGAGGAGGCACAGGCGGAGGAGGAUGGGGGACAACGGCAGGUCCGUCAGCGCCGAGGUCCCCUGGUUCUAGUUCUAGUUCGAGUCCGAGCUAUUCCAGCUCAAGAUAUGAAAGUACCGGGUUUGGAGGGACCAGUCGACGUUGAUGAGACGUCUGCUGGGGGUAAUGAUAUGUUGUUGUGUGCCUCCCAGGAAAUCCGACUGCUGCCACGACUGCCUUCGAUAUGAUAUGCUUGCAAGCGAGUCCUUGGAUGGCUAAUUGAUAUGUAUUCCUUUGAUGACACGUUAUGUGAAUGAUGUACUGUCUUCACCUAUAUUCCAG